AUGGAGAAAAACCUUUCUUGCAUUUUGCUGUAUGCAUUCCUAAUCACCAUAACCUUCCCAAUGCUUUCUUCUGAAUCCAAACAACCUUUGAGCCUUGCAACUGAUCAAACUUCCCUUCUUUCACUCAAACAUACAUCUCUUUUACUUGCAACUAAUUGGACCAACUCCACCUCCGUCUGCACCUGGAUUGGCGUCACUUGCAGCUUCCGCCACCACAGAGUAGCUGCCUUGAAUCUCUCCAACAUGGCUCUCUCCGCCACCAUUCCACCGCAGCUCGGACACCUCUCCUUCCUCGUCUCCCUCGACCUCUCCAACAACCAUUUCUAUGGAGAUUUGCCACACCAACUCUCUCUCCUUCGCCGUUUGAAGUUUAUAUCUUUCCGACUCAACAACUUCACCGGAGACAUCCCUCCGAUGUUGGGUCAGUUACCAAAAUUAGAGUACUUGAAUUUACGCAACAACAGCUUCAUAGGUUCCAUCCCAAAAUCUCUCUCAAACCUCACAAACCUACAAUUUCUUUCCUUAUCUUCCAAUUCUCUAAGUGGAGAAAUUCCAAAAGAGUUUGGGAGACUUCAAAGUCUACAAACACUGUCUGUUCAAUCUAAUCAUCUCUCCGGUGCUAUACCAUCAGCCAUAUUCAACAUAUCGACCCUUGUAUCUAUGGCCUUCACAUACAAUGAAUUGAGUGGAAGUCUUCCAACAGACAUGUGCAGUAAUCUUCCAUUUCUUGCUGGUAUUCGUCUUUCUGACAAUCAACUGAGUGGCGCGAUUCCCACAAAUCUAUCCCAAUGUUCACGGCUUGAGGUGUUGAGCCUCUCUUACAACUCUUUUGGUGGGGAGAUACCUUCAGAAAUCGGCUACUUAACUUCUCUUCAGAUUCUAUAUCUUGGUGGUAACAAUUUGAAUGGAAUACUACCACAUGAGAUUGGCCAUCUUCAGAGUCUGGUUGAGUUUGCUGCUGAAUUCAAUCAGAUUGCGGGCUCAAUUGAUUUCAAUAUUUUCAUGAAUAUGUCUUCUCUGCAAAUCAUAUCUUUAGGGCGCAACAAAUUCACGGGGAACCUUUCAAGGGAUGUCGGGAAUAUUACUAUGGUCACAUAUUUACACCUCUCGGAAAACCAUUUUACAGGGCUUAUUCCCACUGAAUUUGGCCAACUUUACCAUUUGGAGACAUUAGUACUAGAGUGGAACAGCUUGAGUGGUUCGAUUCCACAGGAGCUCUUUAACAUUUCAACUCUUCGAAUUCUUUCACUUGUGGGCAAUGCUCUGUCAGGGGUUCUUCCAACCCAUUUAUGCCAUGCCUCUCCCUUUCUCGAACAACUUUAUCUUGGCAGAAAUUCUAUCACCGGAGCAAUACCCAACUCCAUCUCUAACUGUUCUCAACUCACAUAUCUCUCACUUUCUACAAACAAAUUCAGUGGUUAUAUACCUACUCAUCUCGGCAACCUAAGACUUCUUCAAAGUCUUCAACUGUUCAGGAACAAUCUUACCCAGGCACCAUCUUCUUCCUUCAUCACUUCAUUGACAAAUUGCUGGUCUCUAACUCAUUUGUCAAUUGAUGAUAAUCCUCUAAAUGGUGUCAUUCCAGCUUCUAUCGGGAACUUAUCUUCCUCACUUCGAACAUUCACUGCCGAGAACUGCAAAUUCAGUGGCAGCAUUCCUGUUGAAAUAGGCAAUUUAAGCAAUUUGAUUACAUUGGCGUUGUCAGCAAAUGAGUUAUCUGGUAAUAUUCCACCAACUAUAAGCCAUUUGCAUCAACUUCAAGGAUUAAAUCUGUCUCACAACAUGUUGGGAGGCUCAAUACCACAUGCUAUAUGUGAUCUAUCCAGCCUCAAUACUUUAGAUAUGAGCCAGAAUCAAUUUUCAGGCCCAAUUCCUAAAUGUCUGGGAAAUAUCUCUCCUUUAAGAAAUCUUCAUCUAGACUCCAACAUGUUGAAUUCAAGCAUACCCUCAAGCUUAUGGGGCCUAAAAGAUUUGAACUCUCUAGACUUGUCCUCGAAUUCAUUGAAGGGGUUCUUACAUCAAGAGAUAAGUAACUUAGGAGCAGCGAUCUAUAUAAAUGUAGCAAUGAAUCAGUUGUCAGGGUCUAUUCCUAACACUAUUGUGAUGUUGCAGAAUUUGAUUAAUUUGUCUUUGGCAAAUAAUAGACUAGAAGGUUCUAUUCCUGAGUCUAUGGGAAAAAUGAUCAGUUUGGCAAAUCUCGACUUGUCGUACAACAACCUCUCUGGUUCAAUUCCAAAGUCUUUAGAAGCACUUCAACACCUCGACUACUUUAAUGUCUCUUUCAAUAGUUUAAGUGGAGAAAUUCCUAAUGGAGGUUCUUUUAGAAAAUUCACUAUGGAUUCUUUUAAGGGUAAUGAGGCAUUGUGUGGAAUCCCCAAGUUCCAUGUCCAAAUUUGCUCUUCAAUUUCUAAUCACAGAUCAAAGAGAAAGAAGGUGGAACGGGCUUCAUUUAUUAUUUUCGGGGUUGUGGCUUUCAUCUCAGUUGCUUCUUUGGCCUUUAUAAUUGUCAAAAACAAAAGGAAAGAUAAGACGACUAGCAGAGAAGUUGAUGAGCUGAAAUCCAUUGUGCCGGAAAGAAUCUCUUAUUAUGAACUGCUGCAAGCAACGGAAAGAUUCAAUGAAAGCAAUUUACUUGGCACCGGAAGUUCUUGCUCUGUUUAUAAGGGAAUUCUUAACAAUGGGAAGGAUAUCGCUGUCAAGGUGUUUAAUAUGCAGCUAGAAGGUAUUUCAAGAAUAUUUGAUGUCGAAUGUGAGAUACUCCGUAGCAUUCGACACAGGAAUCUGACAAGCGUCAUAAGCAGUUGCUCCAAUGAAGAGUUCAAGGCAUUAGUACUUGAAUAUAUGCCAAAGGGAAACCUUGAAAAAUGGUUAUAUUCCCACAACUAUUGCUUGAAUAUCAUGGAAAGAUUAAAUAUAAUGAUUGAUGUUGCAUCUGCUUUGGAGUAUCUUCACCACGGUUAUUCAAUGCCCAUUGUCCACAGCGACUUGAAGCCUAGUAAUGUGCUGUUAGAUGAAGACAUGGUUGCCCAUGUAAGCGACUUUGGGAUAGCAAAGUUGUUAUGCGAUGGAGAUAGCUCUGUGUUAACCAACACGCUAGCAACAUUGGGUUACAUCGCUCCAGGUGAAGUUUCUCUAAAUAUAUUGAUUGCACUUCACUUUUAACCAUUUAAUUGUGUCUUCCUUACUACAUACAUCAUGAUCAUUUUUGUUAUUCCAGAGUAUGGUUUGGAAGGGCUAGUUUCAACAAGGUGUGAUGUGUAUAGCUACGGGGUGAUGCUGAUUGAAACUUUUACAAGAAAAAGGCCUGGUGAUGAUAUGUUUGGCGAAAAUAUGAGCUUAAAGAGAUGGGUAGAACUCUCAUCACUUUCGGAGAUCCCAGAUGAAGUGAUAGAUGCCAACUUAGUCAUGAAUUUGGAGGAAGAAAUGAUUGACAAGAAUAUGCAGUGUGUAUAAUCCAUAUUUGAAUUGGCUCUGAAAUGCUCUGCAGACUCUCCCGGAGAUAGAAUCAACAUGAAACAAGCACAUGCAGAGUUGCAGAAAAUCAAACAUCGAUUUUCCCAAUGAGAUUCAAGUAAGCUAUUUUAAAUUAAUUUCUGUGAUAAUAUUGUUCUAUUACCAUUUUAUUGAUGCUCAAGGUUUUUCUAUCCCUCUUUCCUCCAUAUUUUGUGUUCUUGAGUUUACAUAUUUUAUGCUAAAAGAAAAAUCGGCCCCCGUCAAAAUUCAGCCCCCCGAACUAAAUUCCUGCCUCCGCCACUGGUUAUACCUCUCUGUGGGCAAUAGUUAGCGAUGUUUAGUUGUUUAUAUUCUGGCCAACAGAACAAUAUUUGCAUUGACCAAAAGCUCACACUUUAAUUGAGAAGGUAUGCUAUAUGUGGAAUAAUUGUGUCUCUGUUUCUUCCUAUGCUUUAUAUCCAGUAGUAUUCUAUCUUUUCAAGACCUUAUUUCUUGUGUUUUACUUUCUAUUUAUUCCAGAGAUGCUGUGCAGCGGUGCAGGUUGGUUGGUUUUACUCAUUUUACUCUAUAUAUACUCAUGCAUCUUCAUGAAGCAUGGCUGCUAGAAGUCUCCAACUGUUGUGUCUCAGUUAAGCUGAAUAUAGUUAUUAAUGUCAAACAUGUAUAUAUAUAGAAGUUCAAAACAUAAUACUAGAAAAUGGGGAAGGGAACUUCAAAUAUUAUCUUCUUGUUUUUAUGGCCUUAGUUUGCUUAGAUCAUCUUCUUGUUGAAGCGCAUAAUGUUUCUGUAUAUUUCUUCAUCAUUGUUCUUGCCUAGCUGACUAAACGUGGUAUUUUAGUAUCAAUUUGGAGUUUUCGAUUGUUCGCGA